AAUCUAUGAUACAAGAUAUUCCGAAUCAACUCUUUCUAAAGGAAAUAAGGAUGUUCUACCCCGAUUUAUUUCUUGUAUAAUAUCUCCGGGAGAACCAAAGUCUCGUGAUACUAAGAAUGAAAAUUAA